AUUUGGACUACAACUCCACCAAGUCACCAACGCACCCUCUCAGUUUUCAAAAUUUUGAAAAGCCCUCUCCUCUCGGAUAAGCCCAAAUCUCUCUCACCUCUCUCUACUCUAGGGUUCAACUCAGGCUCUGUGCACCAAGAAAUGGUGGGUAAAGAGAAAGAAAGCAAUGGGUAUGGUGGCAACAGCUGCUUAAGUCUUGUUGUGGAAAAUACUCAGGCAAUGAAGUGUUCUAAUGGUUUUGGGAUUGAAAUUGCAAAUGGUAGAGGAAAAUCUUCUGAGUCUUCCAGAAAUUGUUUAAGAACGUACAAGAGACGGAAGCACUUUAAAUCAGAAGGAAAAGAUUCCGAGGAUUCAACUGGUCAAAUUACUUCCAAGUCAGUGGACAGAAUUUUCUUCAGAAAUUCUUAUAUGCAAACUAGUGUUGCUCAUGCGGAGUCAAAUGGACGUUUAAAUGGUUCCAGUUAUUUCUCCAUAAAUAAAUGGAGGAAUGUUGCUCUGGAGCAGAUCUACCAGUCACUAGAGAGUGACAGUGGCUUGAAGGACUGCAUAGGAGAGGCACUGGCUUCACACCCUGAGACUUAUUGUGCAACUGCAGUUAAGGAAUCUGGUAAUUGCUGCAAAACUGUGAGAAAAUUCACUUAUCCAUCAAACUCUAUGCCUUCUGAUAUCCAAGAUGAAGCUAAAGGGAAUUUGGAGAUAGUGCCCACUGGAUUAGUAAAUGAACCAAAUCAUUGUACUGCUACUCAAGUCUGCCGGCGCAUAUUUUCCGAUAUUGUCUUAUCAGAAGAAUUUUCUCAAUUAUGCAGAGUACUUUUUGAAAAUUUUGAAGGAAUGAAGGUUGACCAAUUUCUGAAUAUCAGUACUAUGCACUCAAAAAUGAAAGAGGGACUGUAUGAAGAUUCUCCGAUGUCUUUUCACUCUGAUAUUCAAGAGAUGUGGACAAAGCUUCAUAAGUUUGGGAGUGAAAUUCUAGCUAUUUCAAAGUGUCUUUCAGAGAAAUCUAUGUCUUAUUUCCAGACUCAGGUGGCUGGUAUGGCACACAAUAUUUCCGAGGAUGACAAGAAUAAUUUUGUUACACAAGAAAAUGACACACGUCACAUGCAUAGCAGAGCAGAGCGCCCCAAGGCAUGUACUUGCAAGCACUGUGGAGAAAAAGCAGAUGGAAUUGAUUCUUUAGUGUGUGAUUCAUGCGAGGAGAUGUAUCAUGUUUCCUGCAUUCAGCCUGCAGUUAAAGAAAUUCCUCCAAGGAGUUGGUAUUGUGCCAACUGUACUGCAAAGGGGAUUGAAUCACCCCAUGACAACUGUGUAGUGUGUGAAAGACUGAAUGCCCCUAGAGCACCGAUGGAUGUACAUGAUGAUGAGCUUAUGAAAUUAGAAAAGCUCAUAGAGUUGGAGGAGAGUUCAAAUGGCUUAGCGGAUGAUGAAGUUCAACUUUUUGACGAAGAGCCUGUUUGCAAUGUUUGCAAAACUGAAGUAAAAAGUGGUGAAAAGUUCCAAAUAUGUGGCCAUAACUUCUGCCUUCACAAAUUUUACCACGAGAGAUGCUUGAGUAGAAAGGAGUUGAAUUCUUAUUGUCCCCGCUGGUAUUGUCCAUCAUGUCUUUGUAGAAUUUGCCUGACUGAUCGUGAUGACACUCAAAUUGUCCUAUGUGAUGGCUGUGAUCGUGCAUAUCAUAUCUACUGCUUGCAACCCCCAAGGACUUCGAUUCCUAAAGGAAAGUGGUUUUGUGGAAAAUGUGAAGCAGGAAUUAAGCGCAUAUGCAAGGUGAAAAGGUCAUAUGAGAAAUUUGAAAAUAAGUUGAGACAGAGAGCACAGAUGUGCACAGGAGGGCUAGAUGAGCAGAAAUCAAAGGAUGAGGAUGCAUUAGAUAAAUCAGGAGGUGUGGACAUGCUUCUAAAUGCUGCCAAAACUCUGAACUAUGAGGAGAACUUGGCGGUGAUGGGAGAGAAUGUGGAUAGAACAAUCGUUCUGGAUACGAGAACCUAGUUUCUGAUGGAAGUGUAUUUUGUUGCAUCAGGGUAGUUGACAUUAUGGAGCCUUGUGAACUCUGGGCUUGUUUUGCAGGAUGCUUCGUUUUGGGGUAUACCGCCAGUUUAAGACGUAGAAGCUGAAGUUCCAACUUGUAGAUUUUUGUACCAUGCAAAUUGCAUAGCAUAAACUAACAGGCCUAACUACCAUCCCUGAUAUAUUUCAGGUUUCAUAUUCUGUAUUCUUAUUGUGGAUCCAAAUUACUGAUAUAUGUUGUCUGUUGUAGAAUGAGAAUACAGGUUAAAGCUAAGGUUGAGGUGAAUGCCUAUUUUGA